UUUCUGGUUUCAAUUAGUAGAAGUUUAAUGUGAGAUUUCUUUUCUGUACAUUUCCAGGAUACACGUUUUCCAAGAUUGUUGAUUUUAUUGAUCGAGAUUCUAGAAAGAAUAAAUAUGGGGGAAAUACAUGGCUUCCAACUGGGUGUUGCUGGUGCUUUGGCACUUUCAGUUGCUUCAUCAGUAUCCAUUGUCAUCUGCAACAAAGCUUUAAUGAGCAAUCUCGGCUUUCCAUUCGCUACAACAUUAACAAGUUGGCAUCUGAUGGUUACAUUUUGCACCCUUCACGUCGCGCAACGUUUCAAUGUAUUUGAGAGUAAGUCCAUUGACAUGAAGACAGUGAUGCUAUUUGGCAUUCUAAAUGGGGUGUCAAUUGGAUUACUCAAUUUAAGCCUUGGGUUCAAUUCCAUUGGUUUCUAUCAGAUGACAAAGCUUGCAAUCAUACCCUUCACUGUAUUAUUGGAGACUUUCUUCUUGAAAAAGCAAUUCAGCCAGAAGAUAAAAUUUUCUCUUUUCCUGUUACUCAUUGGAGUUGGUAUUGCAUCCAUAACUGAUCUCCAACUCAAUCUUGUGGGAUCCAUUGUCUCUAUUUUGGCCAUUGCAACAACCUGUGUUGGUCAAAUUCUGACAAACACCAUACAGAAGAGAUUGAAUGUAUCAUCUACGCAGCUGUUGUACCAGUCAGCCCCAUUUCAAGCAGCCAUACUAUUUGUUUCAGGUCCCUUAGUAGAUCAGUGCCUCACCAAGCAAAAUGUCUUUGCCUACCAUUACAACCCUCUGGUCUUGGCAUUCAUCAUCCUUUCAUGCGUGAUUUCAGUCUCUGUAAACUUCAGUACCUUCCUUGUGAUUGGCAAGACAUCACCAGUGACUUACCAAGUUCUGGGUCAUCUAAAGACAUGCCUUGUGCUUGCCUUUGGUUAUACCUUAUUACAUGACCCCUUCACAGAGAGGAACAUUAUUGGUAUCUUAAUUGCCAUGUUUGGUAUGGGCUUGUAUUCUUACUUCUGUACCCAUGAGAAUAAGAAGAAACAGGUCAUCGAUCUCUCCUCUCUGUCUCAGAUCAAAGAUAAGGAGACUACACCCCUUUUGGCAAGCAAGAACAUGGGUCUUGAAGACAAAGGAGCUCAUGAAGUUAAGAAAUCAACCAAAGACUCUCUAGUUUAGAAAUUAUGAUGAAGAAGGCGGCCUGGGUCUUCAUCUCAUUAUUUU